GGGGAUAGAUGGAGGCUAUGGAGCAACGAAUCCGAGAGGAACAGCGAAUGAUGGAUGAGAAGAUAGUCCUAGAGCUGGACCAAAAAGUGAUCGACCAGCAGAGCACCCUGGAGAAGGCUGGGGUGUCUGGAUUCUACAUCACCACCAAUCCCCAGGAGCUGACUCUACAGAUGAAUUUGCUGGAGCUGAUUCGGAAGUUGCAGCAGAAGGAAGCUGAGGCCGAGAAAGCUUUUUCCUGAAGGAGCAAAUCUGCUAUUCACUUUCCAUAGUUCUUCCUCUGACUUCCCUUUAAAGGACAAAUUGUCCAUGCAAAUGCUUUGUAUCAUGCCAGGAAGAGAUUCUGGAUAUAGAGGAACUCACUGGGGCACUUGGAUUAGAGCUGGGGUGAGCAGAGCCCAGCACAGGGGGGUUGGGAGCCUUAGGCUGCCUCUCUGGUCAUCAGAACAAGGUGUCGGUUGCAUCUGGCUCAGUCGGGAGCUGAUGGUGCAUGUUCACCUGCCACAAACAUUCUGCAGUGUUGCUGAGGCUGUUACUGAGCCAAGGUGCUGCACCACUCGAGGCAGCAAACCCAGACCCACUGUGUGAUGGUGGCCCUGUGUUUAGAUGCAUAAAACUUGGGGGAAAAACAAUUCCAAGGUUUAUCUACCGGAA